AUGGUCUACAUCUCGUCCUGGCAGGAAUACCAAGAGGCGGCGGAGGCCCUCUAUGAAAAAUCCCCCAACUCCACCAGGUACUGCGUGAAAUGGCGGCAGUCGGCCGAUGGCGGGGGCAAACUUGUGCUCAAGAUCACGGAUAACACGACAUGCUUGAAAUUCAAGACGCACUCCUCCGUUUUCCUCAACCGCUUUGAUGCGCUCAACCUCACGCUUAUGCAGAAGAUGCAGAACCGACGACCGGCGCAGGCGUCGACUACCCUCACCCCCUCCGCGUCCAUCGCAUCCCAAAUUCCCACCUCCGCCUCCUCCCAGACGGCUGCAUCUGAGGCACACUCCACCCCAGCGCCCGGUGGCCCCGCGGGUGGCGGCGUGAAGAAGAAGAAACCGAAGAAGAAAAAGUAGACGGCUGUAGAGCGGGGUGGGAGGACAGAGGAGACGGAGCAGGAGGGCGGCCUCGCACGCAGUCCACGAAUCAGGACUGCUUACCACCAGUGUGUCGAUUCACCACUAGACUCUUCCAAUCCACGUGUUGUACCAUCCGC